UAGCGUUCCUGCGCGGCGUCACAGCUUCCGGCGGAGCCAGGGUGUUGAUGUCCCGCGGCGAAGGCCGUGUUGAGUUGAAAGCUGAGCGAGCUCAAGAGGAAUAAGGGGGAAUUCUAGUAUCUGCUGCGGUAACCUCAUCAGCCCGCCAAGAUGGCGAUGCAAGCGGCCAAGAGAGCGAACAUUCGACUUCCACCUGAAGUAAAUCGGAUUUUGUAUAUAAGAAAUUUGCCUUACAAAAUCACAGCUGAAGAAAUGUAUGAUAUAUUUGGGAAAUACGGACCUAUUCGUCAAAUCAGAGUGGGGAACACACCUGAAACUAGAGGAACAGCUUAUGUGGUCUAUGAGGACAUCUUUGAUGCCAAGAACGCGUGUGAUCACCUGUCCGGAUUCAACGUUUGUAACAGAUACCUCGUGGUUUUGUACUAUAAUGCCAACAGGGCAUUUCAGAAGAUGGACACAAAGAAGAAGGAAGAACAGUUGAAACUUCUCAAGGAAAAGUAUGGCAUCAAUACGGAUCCACCAAAGUAAACGUUUUCUGCAUUUUUAUUUUGGACUGAAAAACCCAUGAAUCACCACUCUACCCUUUUUCAGUUUUUAAUUAAUAUUGAUUAUUGCAGUUUCUUGAGGUUAAUGACGUGCUUGAAACUUUGAUACAUAUUAGAAUGUAUUGUUAGUAAACCUGGAGCUUUUUAUAAAACA